AUGGAGUGGCUCAAUUUGGUGGAUUCCAGGAAACUGCUGCGUUUUUUCCGCGGGAAUCAAACAGAGCUAUCUCGUGUGGAGAACUCUGACUUGUUCCUGGGCAAGUUGCGCGACUGCGAGCUCAUCCCGCAGCACAAAUAUGAGGAAGUGAGGCGCACACGGAAAGAAGCACGCAGGAACAAGGCCAUGUACGAGCUUCUGGAGUGGUUUGUGAAGGAGACGCCUGAGAACAUCAAGCUGUUCUGGAGAUGUGUAUUCCAGCAGCCCCUCCUGGAGCAGUGCCCCACCCUGAGGAGGCUGCACGGCAGGCUGAGCAGUGCAAAGCUGAGCCUUGUCUCCGUUUCUGAGCUUCUCUGGAAUUUGAGACAUCAAGUCUUCUGUCACUUCUGCAGCACGAUGAAGACCCGGGGACCCUCGACACGCUCCGUAUAUCUGAGCCUGGCCUUCGUGUCCCUCCUCCUCCACCUGCUUCUGGCCCUCUUCUGUCUGUCUGUCCUGCAGACGGCGUGUGUCCCCUGCGCACCUCCCUCGCUCCCCUCCUCCGCCAAAGACUGUCCUCGACAGUGGUCACCUAAAGAGCCGGCAGACCGCCGCUGUGAGGACUCUCUCGGGGGACCCAGGUUCCCGGCUCAGGAGGAAGACCGGCGGCAUGACAGCGCUGCGGAAGCCAGGAAGCUGAUGAGUGCUGAGGAAGUCGGCGCAGUCGCGAAAGGUGGCUCCAAGCUGGAGGCGCUUUUUCAGCACCCACUUUACAACCUGCCACUGCCCGAGCUGCAGGAAGACGAUUGGCUGAUGAGGCUGAAGUCUGAGGAGGAGGACUCCAGUGAGGAAGAGGAUGACACCAAUGAGAGGACAGCCUCUAGUGAGGAGCAGGGCUAUUACAAGCUGGACUGGACCUCGGACGUGAACACACACCCGCCCUGGCUGCGCUUCCACCUCAACAUCAACCGUUGGCGGCUGUACGACCGAAGUGACGCCAACAUCGCCCAGCUGUCGCACCACUUGGCGACAGAGAGGAUCAUCGGAGCAGUGCAGAUGUCCGGCGGCACACAGCUCAAGCUCAUCCUUUCCUUCCCCAACCGUGGCCGAGCUCUUCUCAAACCCAUGAAACAAACCCGAGAAACUGAGACGGAUUCCAACCUCUUCUACUUCUCUGACUUCGAGCGACACAACGCAGAGAUCUCUGCCUUCCACCUGGACAGGGUGCUAGGCUUCAAUAGGAUCCCUCCUGUCAUCGGACGACUCAUCAACGUCACCGCUGACGUCAGAGAGAUCACCACGGACCGCACACUCGCGAAAACCUUCUUCUCUUCUCCGGCGGGGAACGUUUGCUUCUACGGCUCCUGUGACUACUACUGCUCCACCGAGCACCCGGUCUGCGGUCGGCCCCACGCGCUGGAGGUCUCCGUGGCCGUGAUGUUGCCCGACACCAAGAUCGCACCACGAAGAUCCUGGAGGUCUCCAUGGAAACGCUCGUACAGCCGCUCAAAGAUAGCCACGUGGGAGACAGACCCUGACUACUGCGACCAGGUGAAACAGACACCUCCAUACAACAGCGGUACCAGGCUCGUGGACCUGAUGGACAUGGUGAUCCUGGACUUCCUCAUGAGCAACAUGGAUCGACAUCACUACGAGACCUUCGAAAGCUUUGGAAACGAGACUUUUCUUCUACACCUGGAUAACGGACGAGCAUUCGGGCGUCACUCCCGAGAUGAGCCGUCCAUCCUGGCUCCUCUGCAGCAGUGUUGCAGGAUUCGCCAGUCCACCCUCCUGCGCCUCAAACUUCUGGCCCAUCCCACUUUCCACUUGAGUGACGUCAUGAGGGAGUCGCUGGCUCAGGAUCCUCUCACAGCCAUCGCACCCCUUCUCACCGAACCGCACCUUUCAGCGUUGGACCGUCGCCUAGCAACCGUGCUGCAGGUGGUGAAGACCUGCCAGGAGCAUCAUCAAGAUGUCACAUUUGAUGACUUGGACAGUGACACCAAGGGAAAGGAAAACAAUGAUAGGUCUUGAUGGGACUGAUCCAGUCAGUUUCAGGUGUGUUCCAGGUGUGGGGCCUCAAGAGAA